GUAACUUUUCUUUUUUUAUGUUUUGGCAGACGUCUGCUAGAGAGGCUCUGAAUCAUAAAAGUAUUAAGCCAUUGCUGAAUGCCUUUAACCAGAUUCCCGGGAGUGAAAAUGAAAAAAAGUGUACCUUGGAUCAAGCUUUUAGAGUUAUUGUAGAAGAGGAAAUAAUAAACAAAGCUCCAUGUGAAAAUCUCCUGGCAAUUAUUUCUCUUGCUAUUAAUGGAGUCACAGAAGGUAUCUGCACUGCAUCAACCCCUUUUGUGCUUCUGGGUGAUGUUCUGGAUUGCCUGCCUUUGGAUCAGUGUGACAAAAUUUUCACUUUUGUGGAGAAAAAUGUUGCUACAUGGAAAUCGAAUACAUUUUACUCUGCGGGGAAAAAUUACUUGCUACGAAUGUGCAAUGACCUCCUAAGAAGAUUAUCUAAGUCACAAAACACAGUAUUCUGUGGAAGAAUUCAGCUGUUCUUGGCUAGGUUAUUUCCGCUUUCAGAGAAGUCAGGACUUAACUUGCAGAGUCAGUUUAACCUGGAAAAUGUCACUGUUUUCAAUACCAAUGAACACGAGAGCACUCUAGGACAGAAGCACACUGAGGAGAGAGAAGAAGGAAUGGACGUAGAAGAAGGUGAAAUGGGAGAUGAUGAAGCACCAACAAGUUGUUCCAUUCCAAUAGAUUAUAACCUGUAUAGAAAAUUCUGGUCACUUCAAGAUUAUUUUAGAAAUCCUGUGCAGUGCUAUGAGAAGGUCUCAUGGAAAACUUUUCUUAAGUACUCGGAAGAAGUUUUGGCUGUUUUCAAAAGUUACAAAUUGGACGACACUCAGGCUUCCCGAAAAAAGUUGGAAGAACUAAAAACAGGAGGAGAACAUGUAUAUUUUGCAAAGUUCCUAACCAGUGAAAAGCUGAUGGAUUUACAGCUGAGUGACAGUAACUUUCGCCGUCACAUCUUGUUGCAGUACCUAAUACUGUUUCAGUAUCUAAAGGGACAGGUCAAAUUUAAAAGUUCAAACUAUGUUCUAACAGAUGAACAGUCUCUUUGGAUUGAAGAUACUACAAAAGCUGUUUACCAGCUUCUUUCAGAAAAUCCUCCAGAUGGAGAAAGGUUCUCGAAAAUGGUAGAGCAUAUAUUAAAUACAGAAGAAAACUGGAACUCCUGGAAAAAUGAGGGCUGCCCAAGCUUUGUGAAAGAAAGACCUCCUGAUUCUAAGCCAAUGAGGCCUGUGAGAAAGAGGCCAGCUCCAGAGGACUUCUUAGGGAAAGGACCAAACAAAAAAAUCCUUAUGGGGAAUGAGGAACUGACCCGCCUUUGGAACUUAUGUCCUGAUAACAUGGAAGCUUGUAAAUCUGAGAGCAGGGAAUAUAUGCCAACGUUGGAGGAAUUUUUUGAAGAAGCUAUUGAACAAGCAGAUCCUGAAAACAUGGUUGAAAAUAAGUACAAGGCUGUGAACAAUUCCAACUAUGGCUGGAGAGCGUUGAGACUUCUAGCUCGCAGAAGUCCCCACUUCUUCCAGCCAACAAACCAACAAUUCAAGAGUUUACCUGAAUAUCUAGAAAACAUGGUAAUCAAAUUAGCCAAGGAGCUACCUCCUCCUUCUGAAGAAAUAAAAACAGGCGAAGAUGAAGAUGAGGAAGAUAAUGAUGCUUUAUUAAAAGAAAACAAUGAAAGUCCCGAGGUGCAACGGGACAAAGCCAUGACGGGCGAACAAAUCGAGUCAUUUGCUAUCAGGCUUGGGGAGCAGUGGAAGGCCUUGGCCCCCUACUUGGAAAUGAAGGAUUCUGACAUACGGCAGAUCGAGUUGGACAGCGAGGACAUGAAGAUGAGAGCGAAGCAGCUGCUGGUCGCCUGGCAGGAUCAGGAGGGCGCCCACGCAACCCCGGAGAACCUGAUCGCUGCGCUGAACAAAGCUGGGCUAAGCGACCUCGCGGAAAGCCUAAGCAACGAUGCCGAAAGUGGCAGCUAACUCCCUUCAGAUGCCAGCUCGGGGUGGUGGGGGCGGUUACUGCAAAUGGUGACUGUUCUGGCUGUUGUGGUGACUGUUUUGGUGGCUGUUGUCAGUAAUUGUUACUACUGUUGCUAGGUGACAGAAUUUUGAUAGGUAUUUUAUGUUCAAUAAAUGAUAAAAACUUUUUAAUAAUAUUUUUUCAGUUGUCCAUGCUUUCUGAGAAAAGGAGUAGUCAUCCUGAUGCACAAAUGGGAAGCUUCAUCGUGGAUGGUGGACAGGUAAAAGGGAGGAUGGAGAGUGAGGGCAGCUUUCUGUGCAGGGGGAGGGUUUGGCAGCAGCAGUGCUGGGGCAGCUCCUGUGGGACAGAGCGGGCCAUGGCCUCUGGAACCACCUGCUGUCCCCCUGGGGUCUCUUGGAGCAAGGAGAAGGAGAAGUGAAGGACUUUGUGUCACCACCUGGGGUGGUGGGCAGCUGUAGACCAGCACAACAGUACCUGGUUGCAAGUGAUGCCCCUGGGACCUCUGUCACAACCCAGUUAUUUUCUCCGAGUCACAGCAUUUGUCUUCACAGCAGAACUGGUGGCCCCAGGGGGCUGCUGUGGCCAGAAAAAGCUGAAGAACCUGUUCUGUUCUCUCUGUACACUGACAGUCAAUAAUCAGGGGGCGUUUCUAUGCGUGUUUUUAUUUGUAAUGACUAACUUCAGUUGCUGCAUGUGUUUGGCCAUGUAGGAACAACCCUGAGUUGUGAUAAACAAGGUAAAUUUUUCCUCCC